AGCUGGAAUGGAGACGACGAAGUCUGCGCUCGCUUCAUUCGUCUUAGCCAUGGUUGUCUAUCCUGAAGUUCUUCAGAAAGCGCAGGAGGAAAUCGACCGCGUGGUUGGAGUUGAUCGGCUCCCACAGCUAGAGGAUAGGGAUCAGCUCCCGUAUAUAGAAUGCAUCGUAAAGGAAGCGCUACGCUGGAGUGCCUCUAUUCCUCUGGGGAUCCCACAUUGCCUGACUGAAGACGACGAGCACGAAGGACAUACUAUCCCCAAAGGCUCUACUGUGCUGAGUAACAUCUGGGCCAUGACUCGUGAUGAGGAGAUUGACCCCGACGCAUCCACAUUCCGGCCCGAACGGUUCCUUAACAUGGACGCAAAGACAGCGGAGAGGACCGACCCCCGAGCCACCGUGUUCGGGUUUGGGAGACGGACAUGCCCGGGGCGCUAUUUUGCCGAUGCAAAUAUAUUCAUGGUCGUGGCGAGUAUGGUAGCGACACUGAACAUCGCGAAGGCGCGGGACUCCAAAGGCCAAGUCAUCACGCCAUCCGUUGAAUUUCACUCCGGUAUGACUCGUUAUCCACCGGAGUUCACGUGCAACAUCACUCCUCGUUCACAGCGGGCGGAGGAUAUGGUCUCUAAAAUGCUGACGAGUUUGUUGGAUUGACAUGCCAGGAAGAAGAUCAAAUGUAUUGCAAUUGUACGAGUGUACCCUACUAACGCCACCCGUCAAUGCCCAAUAUCUGUUAUAGCACUGACACAACGUAGAAUGGCCAUAUUUUUGCGGCUGACCA